AGCUCCGUUAUCAUUAAGGCUCUGGUCUCCCCUCAGUUCCUGAUUUCACAAGGGCUCUCGCUUUGCCACCGCAGAGGCACAAAUUGAUCUGAUCAGAGGCACACAGAAUCAAAGCGGUUCCCCCCGUCCCCCGUUGGUUCCUGCAGGUGUAAAUUGACCUUGUUUGCACCUCCGGCUGGCAUGGCUUUUGUCAUGCGGCCUGCUGAAAGCCGCUCGUCGUCCUUGUUCGCGGUUCAGACGCGAUCCCCUGCUAUGACUGCACUCAGAUCCUUGGACGUUAGAAUGUCAGGUGAUCCUGUUGUUCAGGGCUGCUUGCUCUGAAAAGUCUUAUGGCUGCAUGCGGGUGUCGGUGGGCCUAUGAAAGCACACGUGGUCCUGGGUCUGGCUGAGGUGUGUUUUUCAGGGUGCGGAUACUGCGGUACUCUAGAAGGUUCCAUUUCAUGCUUAGCGCAGGGUCAUGGUGUUAUCUUCUUGCUCCUGCUGGUUUUCCCUGCGUACAUCCACCACCAGCCACCUCCUCCCACUGGUGGGGGGGGGGGGGGCUCCUGUCCUCUAGCCGCCCCCUGCAGGAGCCGGGUGACCCCACCAAGGAUAAUCAAUACGCGUCCCCCUCCGCUUCUCUCCGGUGGGAGGGCGUAAGCGGCAGGGGUUGCGGCUCGGCUCCCCGAUGUCCAGCCAGACGGAUUCCAGACACUCACGCCCAUGCAGAGUCGAAUUACGAGGAUUCGUUGCGAAAAGGGAUUUGAUAACGGGGAGCUCAGCACUAGCAGAAGAUGACCCGAAACGAGCUGGAGUGGCGUCUGAGAGAAGAGGAGCAGGACCAUGUAGAUGGGCAGAUUUCCCACUGAGGACAGACUCCAGCACUGGUGAACUCUGCUGAAGACGUCCCUGAGAUAAGAAUGGGCAAUUCUGAGAGCCAGUACAGCAUCCAGGGGCCGAAGGGUGCCAGUUUAAUUCUCCCCGGGAAACGCAAACCGUCUUCCCUGAAGUUCUGCUCGUCCGAGGAGGAAGCGCUGUCUCCCCAGACGUGGUGGAGAGGUGGGAUCGGGGGCUCGGGGUACAAGUCCCGUGCCGCUGGCCGUGGCUGGCUUUCCCAGCAUAAGGGCGGGCUGCCGUACGUUUCCCGUCACUACGACUAUGUCGCCAAAGGAGGCAAGGUGGGCGGCGCGAGCAAGCAGCAGGCCUGUUCGCCUGAGAGAUCGGGUUGCGGCCUACUCAUGCCCUCUGAGAACGGCUAUUGCUGUGCUAAUGGCGCCCAGCCAGAGGGGAAUGGCUUCAAGGCGUCCAGCAGAGCACGCAACGGGCACACUGUCAAUGGGCGUAGACCGUCACCGGCAAGCAUCUCCUCCACAGGCUCUGGUGAGAAUAGUAGUCCCAAGGUGGUCAUCAAGAAGGAUGGGAGCCUGCGUGUGGAGUUCACCAACAACAACAAGCUGAUGCUGGAUGAUUCCACUGGUCCGGUGCAGCUUCUCAAAUUCUGCCCGACGGUGGAGUCCACACCUAGCCGCUGUUCACGAGUGACCGGUAUGGAAGAGUUUCCAGAGGCCCUGUUAUCUGGUCACCAGACGGAGCCUGCCUCUAGGGCCAGCAAAAGUAGCUCCCUAAGUUCUGAUGGCUCCUGGUACGAUGCACCUUGGGGAAAUGGGGUAGAACUUGGUGAAGUAGACACUGUGUGUUCCUCAGGUGUUGGCCGUAGCAGUAGCACACCUCCGGUGUCCCUCUCAGACCUGUACCGGGACCCCAACAUGGACGGUACUCCCCCAGUGGCCGAACACUCUCCCGUGCCCUUCCUGGUUCUCCCAGGUACUGGACACCGCGCUUCCUUCACGGAUGUCCUAGAUGUGCCAACCAAGGAGGGUUACCUAGGAGCCAAGCAGUACAGCUCCUACACACUGCCAUGCCGCAAGGCCCGUCCCAGUCCUGAGGGCAGUGCCAAGAAGGAUUCCCUCAAGAGUCGCAUGCGGAACUUCAGUGACUGGACAGGGAGCCUGAGCAGAAAGAAGAGAAAACUGCAGGAGCCCAGGAACAAGGAGGCUGUCGAGUGCUUCGACAGCGGCGUGGAUGGCCUGACGGCCGACACCAGCUCGCCCUCCCAGGGCUCCAGCUUGCUGUGGUACCCGGGUGCGGCACAGCCCCCUCCUGCCCGCAGCGAGUCCGCCAGUGCCCUCCACGGCAACGGCACCCUGCGCCAGAACAUCUAUGAGAACUUCAUGCGUGAGCUGGAGACCGGCGGGGGUGGGGUGGAGCAGCAGGGCGCUUCCACGGAGACGGAGGACACCAGCAGCGAUUCACUGGGCUCCCUGGACCAGCUGGACGAGCUGCUGGAGAAGGAGCAGGGCGUGGUACGCCGGGCAGGCUGGCUCUCCUUCAAGCCCCUGGUGACCCUGCACAAGGACAGGAAGUUGGAGCUGGUGACCCGGCGUAAGUGGAGGCAAUACUGGGUCACGCUCAAAGGCUGCACGCUGCUGUUCUACGAGACGUACAGCAAGAGCGCCGCCGAGCAGGACCUGUCCCCCCGCUAUGCCCUCUUCGCCGAGGACAGCAUUGUGCAGUCCGUCCCCGAGCACCCCAAAAAGGAGAACGUCUUCUGCCUGAGCAAUUCCUACGGCGACGUCUACCUCUUCCAGGCGAGCAGCCAGACGGAUCUGGAGAACUGGGUGACGGCGGUACAUUCGGCCUGCGCCUCCCUGUUCGCCAGGCGCCACGGCAAGGAGGACACAGUGCGCCUCCUGCGGAGCCAGACCCGCGGCCUCCUGCAGAAGAUCGACAUGGACGGCAAGAUGAAGAAGAUGGCCGAGCUGCAGCUGUCCAUCGUCAGCGACCCGAGGAACCGCAAAGCCAUCGAGAGCCAGAUCCAGCAGUGGGAGCAGAACCUGGAGAAGUUCAACAUGGACCUGUUCCGCAUGCGCUGCUACCUGGCUAGCCUGCAGGGCGGCGAGCUUCCCAACCCCAAGAGCCUGCUGGCCACUGCCAGUCGGCCCUCUAAGAUGGCGCUGGGGCGCUUGGGCAUCUUCUCUGUGUCUUCCUUUCACGCCCUGAUCUGCUCCCGGGACGAGGCCACCAUGCGGAAGCGCUCACUCUCUGCUUCCCAGAAGAUACGCAGCAAGCGGGGGCUGUUCUCCUCGUUGAAGGGCCUGGACAACCUGACCAAACGGGGCCGGGAGAAGAGGCCAUCCGUGUCGCAGAUCUUUGACAGUAACGCCGGGGGCCAGCUGAGCCUUUUCCCUCCCAGCAGUUCCGAGAGGCUGGACGGCUUGGCUAAUCUCUACUCCAUGGAGCCACUUGAGGGCCAUCCCUGGGACAGCAGCCCAGAAAUGCUGACCUACGUGUACAUGCCGGACAACCAGGCCAUCACGGUGCCUAUAAAACCGGAUCAUACGGUGAAGGACAUGCUGGCCCUGGCCUGCAAGGUGCAGCAGCUGGAGGCGAGUCUCCACGGGCUGCGUGUGCGGGGGGGCGCGGACCAGGAGGCUGGGGUCGCUGUGCCAGGGAGCAGCGAGCUGCUUGCGGACCUGGCAUAUGACACCCUGGAGAUCUUCCCACUGAGUGUGUUCACCGUACGUCUAUCUCGGCCCUCCGGUACUGUGGACUUUGGUUUCGCCGUCACGGGACAUGUGGACGGCCUCGGGAGGAGCCGCAUCUUUGUGAGCGAAGUGCUGCCGGACGGAAUGGCUGCUAACGAAGGUCUGCAGCAGGGAGAUGAGAUCCUGGUGCUGAAUGGCAAGAUCGUGGCCACCCUGGACUUGGGCCUGAUGCAGGAGCUUUUCUGCGAGCAGAGCCUCAGCCUCUCCAUCCGCCGGGACGCCGCCCCUGAAGAGGCAGGCUCUGCCUGGGCGGACCUGGAGCCCAGAGAGCCUUGCCCCCCAGUCCCAGUCCCGAACCAGAUGCAGCUGCUGGAGGAAUUCCUGGACCGGCACCGCAGCACCCAAGCGUCCUCUGAUGUGUCUGUUGUGCCAGGUGUCCCAGGCAGCUCAGCAGGGCCUGAUACGGAGACCGGACCCGGCCGACGCAGCCCGUGGAUGGAGCAGCACAACACGGGUGUGGAAGCAGUGUGCACUUUGUACCAGACCUUCCCAGAAGGCUCGGAGGGGCUGAUGGAUACUCAUAAAGAUCCCACCGGGGGCGAUCCUGGCCCCUUACGGCCGUACCCUCGCCACAUGUCCGCCACGGAACGCCUGCGCAAGGUCAUUCAGGAACUGGUGGACACCGAGAAGUCUUAUGUCAAGGACCUGAGCUGCUUGUUUGAGAUCUACCUGAAGCCACUGCAGAAUGAGACCUUCCUCACUCAGGAUGAGAUGGAAAGCCUGUUUGGCAGCUUGCCAGAGAUGCUGGACUUCCAGAAGGUCUUUCUGCAAACCUUAGAGGAGAGAAUCGCCUCGUCGCCUGACUUCAGCACGCUUGAGACACCAGUGGAGUUCAAGAAACUUCUCUUCUCCCUGGGUGCACCCUUCCUGUACUACGCAGAUCACUUCAAGCUCUACAGUGGUUUCUGUGCAAAUCACAUCAAGGUGCAGAAAGUCUUGGAGCGAGCAAAGACAGACCGGGCCUUUAAGGAGUUCCUAGAUGCAAGGAACCCAACGAAGCAGCACUCGUCAACUCUGGAGUCCUACCUGAUCAAACCUGUGCAGAGAGUGCUGAAGUACCCACUGCUACUGAGGGAGCUGGUGUCCCUGACGGACACCGACAGUGAGGAACACCAUCACCUGACAGAAGCCUUGAAGGCCAUGGAGAAGGUAGCCAGUCACAUCAAUGAAAUGCAGAAGAUCUAUGAGGAUUAUGGCACGGUAUUCGACCAACUGGUAGCAGAGCAGAGUGGCAGUGAGAAAGAGGUCACAGAGAUUUCCAUGGGAGAAUUCCUUAUGCAUUCCACGGUCAUGUGGCUGAACCCAUUCCCAUCGCUAGGCCGCAUGAGAAAGGAGCCCGAGCUGACUGUAUUUGUGUUCAAGAAAGCUGUGAUACUCGUGUACAGGGAGAACAACAAGCUGAAGAAGAAGAUGACUGCAGGGCGUUCCUCCUAUUCUCAUGGGGAUCUGGACCCUUUCAAGUUCCGCUGGCUCAUCCCACUGUCAGCACUGCAGGUCCGACUGGGAAACACAGCAGGAACAGAAAAAAACUGUAUCUGGGAGCUGAUUCACACGAAGUCAGAGCUUGAAGGACGUCCAGAGACUGUGUUCCAGCUCUGUAGCAGCGUGCCCGAGUGCAAGGCCAGCACCGUCAAGGUGAUCCGCUCUGUUCUGAGGGAGAAUGUGCGUAGGAACAGGGAGGGGCUCAUCCCACUCAGGAAAACCGUGCCAACGUCUGCGCGCAUAGGUUCAUCCAGAGCCUUCUGGCUGUGCAAGCAACCGAACCUGGAGGUCCCUGCUCACCUCAGCACGUCAAAAGCAGGGCAUCCAGAUUCCGACGAGGGCAGUCUGAGCAGCAGGACCCACCUGAUUGAAGGCCAGGCGGAGCACAAAGGUCAGGCCCCUCGGAACCCGCGCCGGGGUCCCCAGCAAAGCCCCAACCCAGAUGGCAGCGUCAAAGAGUCAGACAUCCUGAGCGACGACGAGGACCUUGGAGAGACCGCCCGGUCAGUGUCACCAGCAAGUGCCAUCGAGGCUCAGUUCCGACGUCUGAAGAUGGUGGAGGAGACGGCAGACGAGGAGCCGGCACCUUAUGUGCAGCCUGAGGGGGGCGAUCUGGACACACCUGAGAAGCAGUCCAGGCUACUGCGUUCCCACCUCUGCAUCAAACGGAAAAAUAAUAGCCUGCGGCGAAACAAGGGGGCGCUGCUGAGCAUGAAGCAGCAAAGCCGGUCUCUGGACAGCCAGGACGAGCCCCCCAGCAUGGACCUCAACACCCUACUGGAGCGGGAGUUCAGCGUGCAGAGCCUGACUUCUGUUGUUAACGAGGACUGCUUCUACAACAUGGUGAGCACUGACAGUGGCCCUGUACCCACCCUAUAGGGUCGGGAAGCUCCCAGACAAAUCCAACCAGUCCCAGGUCCUCAUUGCUCAGAGGGAGUGGCUUGGGUCCCCGGGCUGCUCUGCAACUGGACAGGAAGUUAUACAAACCAAAAUGGAAGCACACUGUACCAACCAGGACUUUGUACCUACUUUGUUCUGUAUUUGUGCACUAAAGUACACAAUUCGCCUUCAUUUUUUUUUUUAUUUGUACAUUUUAAGGCAUUUUUUAAUUUAUUGAUUGUCUCCUGUCAAGAUGCAUUCAAAGUAGCCGGAGAAAAAUAUUGUUGCAUUAAGGAAUUUUUUUCCUAAAACAUUUGAAACGUGGAAAUUAAAACUUGUGUUUACAGUCUGUAGUCUGUGUGCAGACAAGCAUUGCCAAGUCAAGCAGCAUGAUUUAAGAGGCAACUAGCUUGACAAUGAAGUAAAUUUAAACAGAUUGUGACCCAAAACCUGAUUUGUUACACGUAUAUUUUUCCCCAAAUGGCUGCACUGCAACAAUCUGAAUAUUUGAUACUUGACAAUGUACAGCACAAAACAAAAAAGCUGUAAUUUGCAAUAAACUGUCUGUUGUAAAUGUUUA